UGUCAUUUCAGGAAUCACUCGACUCUGUAUAAAUCUUCAGCAAAACUAGGGUUUUCUUUCUCCGCAGUUUUACUGGUCAAGAAGGGAAAGCAGCCGUCACUAAACCCUAAGCAUAGCCCCUUUUUCCCUUCGUCUUUGAUCAGCUCAGGAUGGAGUCUCAGGUGAAGCAUGCUAUUGUUGUCAAAGUUAUGGGUCGUACUGGAUCCAGAGGACAGGUGACCCAGGUUAAGGUGAAGUUUUUGGAUGAUCAGAACCGUCACAUUAUGAGGAAUGUGAAAGGACCAGUGAGAGAAGGAGACAUUCUCACACUACUCGAGUCUGAAAGAGAAGCAAGAAGGUUGCGCUAGGGUUUUUUAUGCGUUUGUCUCCAAAUUUAGUCAAAACAAUAUUUGUGGUAGUUAGUGGAUGCCAAAACAUUUAGCAUCCUACUAUUAUUGUCUUUGGAUCUAUUUUCUUUUGGUAUUUUGGCUUGAGUUUUGAUGUUUCUAGUUUAAUCUUCUAAGAUUGGAAUGUGAGUUUGGAUUAAAUGUGAUUUUUCUUCUA